AUGCGCCAGAAGCAAUGCCGAGACGAGAAUGGCUUCAAAUGCCACUGCAUGAGCGAGUCCCACCAGUGCCAAAUGGUGGUUUUCGGCCAAAACCCUAACCAUAUCGUCGAUGGAUACUCUGAGGAAUUCGAAAUUGCCUUUUUGGAGCACAUGAAGCGGAGCCACCGCUUCAGUAGUGUCACAGCCAAGGUAGUAUACAAUGAAUAUAUAGCGGACCGACACUAUAUUCAUAUGAAUUCCACGCAGUGGGCGACAUUGACUGAGUUUGUGAAGUAUGUGGGGAGGACGAGGGAAGUAGAUUCAGAGACACUUUUUAAAGAAAAUAUGAAAAAUAAGAGAAUUAAGGCAGAUUUAGCAGAGGAAGAGAAACAAGAGAGAGAUAUUAGGAAGCAGAUUGAACUGGCGGAACAGUUGAUGCCAGUGGCAAAUGGGUCUAAACUGCAGCCAUUGGAGUCACAACCAAAAUUGAUGAAAUUGGAGAAUGGUCAGAAAGUUUCAUUGAGUCUUGGUUCAUCCUCGAAAAUUGUCGGGAAAGAGAAACUAGAGAGCUCAAGAUUGGUGUUUGAAGAUGUUGAGGAGGAUAAAAAGAGUGGAAAGUGUAAAGAUAAUUGCAAGUUGGGGAAAAGUGGUGGUGGGAGGUCAGCAUUGGAAUUGAUAAGAGAACAGGAGAAGGCGAAAUAG